AUGCUAUUAAGACAUUAUCUUCUUUUCCUUCUUUUUUUCUUCUUUCUUUUCUUCUUCAUUCUUUUUUCUUCUUUUUUUUUCUUUUAUUUUCUUUCUUUUUUCUUUCUUUCUUUUUUCAUCCAUUCAUUCAUUUUUUUCUUUUUUUUUUUGAUUUUUUUCUUACUUUCUUUUUCGUUUUCUUUCAUCCUUCUUUCACUCUUUUUUUCUUUUUCUUUUUCCUUUCAUGAAAAUUUUUCUUUCUUCUUUUUCUUCUUCUUCAUUUUUCUUCUUCUUUUCAUCCUUUUCUUUCUUCUUUUCUUCAUCUUUUUUUUCUUCUUUUUUUUUUUUUUUCUUCUUUUUCUUCUUCUUCUUCUUUUUUUUCUUCUUUCUUCUUCAUCUUUUUUUUUUUCUUCUUUUCUUUCUUCUUUUCUUCUUUUCUUCUUCUUCUUCUUCCUUUUUCUUCUUCUUCUUCAUCUUCUUUUUCUUCUUCUUCUUCAUCAUCCUUUUCUUCUUCUUUUCUUCUUCUUCUUUUCUUCUUCUUCCUUUUCUUCUUCUUUUUUCAUUCUUUUCUUCUUCUUUUCUUCAUCCUUUUUCUUCUUUUUUUCAUCUUCCUUUUUUUUCUUCUUCUUCUUUUCUUCUUUUUCUUUUUUUUCUUCUUUCUUCUUUUCUUCUUCUUCUUCUUCUUCCUUUUCUUCUUUUUUUUUUCAUCUUCUUUUCUUUUCUUUCUUCUUUUUUCAUCCUUUUCUUCUUCUUCUUUCUUCAUCUUUUUUUCUUCUCUUCUUUUUUUUCUUCUUCUUUUUCAUCCUUUUUCUUCUUCUUCUUCUUUUUUUUUCUUUUCUUCUUCUUUUCUUCAUCCUUUUCUUCUUCUUCUUUUCUUCUUUUUUUUUUUUUUCUUCUUCUCUUCAUCUUUUUCUUUUUUUUUUCUUUUCUUCUUUUUUUCUUCUUCUUUCUUUCUUCAUCUUUUUUCUUCUUUUUUUUUUUCUUUUCUUUUUCUUCUUCUUCUUUCUUUUUUUUCUUUUUCUUCAAUCUUUCUUUUUUUUUCUUCUUCUUUUCAUCCUUUUCUUUUUUCUUCAUUUUCUUCUUUUGCCUUCUUUUUCUUCUUCAUUUCUUUUCUUUUCUUUUCUUCAUCAAGUUCUUCUUCUUUUUCUUCAUCCUUUUCUUCUUUUUUUUUCUUCAUUUUUUUCUUCUUUUCUUCUUUUUUUCUUCUUUUUUUUCUUCUUCUUUCUUCUUCAUCUUCUUCUUCUUCUUCUUCUUCUUUUUUCUUUUCUUCUUCUUCUUCUUCUUUCCUUUUCUUCUUUUCUUCUUCUUUUUUCUUCUUCUUUUCAUUCUUCUUCUUCUUCUUUUUCUUCUUCUUUUUUCUUCUUCUUUUUCUUCCUUUUCUUCUUCUUCUUUUCUUCUUUUCUUUUUCUUCUUUUCUUCUUUUCUUCUUCUUUUCUUCAUUCUUUCUUCUUUUCUUCUUUUUUUCUUUUUCUUUUUUUCUUUUUUUUUUCUUCUCUUCUUCCUUUUUCUUCUUCUUUUUUUUCAUUUUUUCUUCUUCUUUUCUUCUUUUUUUUUUUUUCUUUUUCUUCUUUCUUCUUUUUCUUCAUUUUUUCUUCUUUUUUUUCUUCUUUUUUUCUUCUUUUUCUUCUUUUCUUCUUUUUCUUCUUUUUUUUUUCUUUUCUUUCUUCUUUUCUUCUUUUUUCUUCUUCUUCUUUUUCAUUUUUUUUUUUUUUCUUCUUCAUCCUUUUCUUCUUCUUCUUUCAUCAUCCUUUUCUUCUUUUUUCUUUCAUCCUUUUUCUUUUUUUCUUCUUCUUUCUUUUUUCCUUUUCUUUUUCUUCUUUUCUUCAUUCUUUUUUUUUUUCUUCUUUUUUCUUUUUUUUUCUUCUUUUUCCUUUUUCUUUUUUUUUCUUCUUCUUUCUUUUUUCCUUUUCUUCUUCUUCUUCAUUCUUUUUCUUCUUCUUUCUUUCUUCUUUUCUUCUUUUCUUCUUUUUCUCUUCUUUUUCUUUUUCUUCUUCUUUUCUUCUUCUUCUUCUUCUUCCUUUUCUUCUUUCUUCUCUUUUCUUUCUUCUUUCUUCUUAA